AUGUCACCUCCGCCUCUGGAAAAUCCCGCAUCCGAGGAGGUUGACGACAAACAAACUAAACCUGAACCUGAAGGCCCAAACUUCACCAAAAUACACGGUCAAGUGAAUCCUAUUCUCCAUGGUGCCAGAUACGUAAACGGCCAAAUCAUCGAGUUCCGAAAUGUCUCCUCGGGGACGGCUCAACAGGUAGUUAGCUGGUAUAAACAGAAACUCUUUGAUUUUCAACUUUAUCGUCUAAGAUUGAAUUAUAACUAUAAACACCGCCUUGUCCAAUUCAAGUUCUCCUACCCAGCAGGAGAAGCCUUAGCCGAAGCUCUCAGGUCCAAAUUCACAAUGUGGAUUUGGGAUUCCUUCAAAGACAUCGGCGGUAUCUCCAAAUCCAUCAGCAAGGACUUUCAAAUGCUAUCCUACUGCCCCUCUCCAAUCCUCUCCCCGGUCAUCCCUAGAACCCUCCUCCUAACCCCAGCACUCUCCAUCUAUCCAAACCAAAAAAACCAUGAUACCGAAUUCCCACCUGUGGUCAUAGACUACGCUUUCUCACCCACAAACUCCCCCUCCGAACUCCUCCGUCACUGGCACGACCUCUACCGUUCCCGCGACCUCUGGUUCUCCCACAGUAAAGCAAAAACUCAAGUCAUAAUCCUCGCAUUAUUCUCCCCAGCUGCCACCGGCAAAGAUGCUGAAGAGCAAGGAGAGGAAGAAGGGGAAGAAGAAGAACAAGUACCUCGCCAAAACACCCUCAGUAUUAAUAACAACAGAAACAUCCGCAUCCAAGGAAGAAUGGACGUCUGGCGCUAUGAUAAAAACUGGAAAACAGGCCGUUUAACAGAUGAAGUUAUAUUAUUCCCCCGUCCAUGGGACCACCAGAAAGAAGAGGAAAAAAUAACCUUCAAGAUUCAAGAAAUAUUCGGUGAAUCCUUUGAUUUUAGAUUCGACGAAUCAGAUAUCCCUGAAGAUAUGGAGUUUGUCUUGGAUGUUAAGGGGUUGAGGAAACAUAUGCAGGAAAAUCGGCAUGUUAUGAAUUUGUGGGCGGUUUGA